CUCAUACAGAGUACGGAGUGUUACUUAGUACUACAGUAAUAGUACUCCGUACAGAGUACCGUCAUAGGUACCUUGGUAAUCUGUUAAGGACGUACCGCUCUGCAAACUGACGCGACUGCAACGCGUUGCCAGAAACACAGUGGAGCUUAUUGUACUCGAGCAUUGAUUGCUAUCUUUCUCUGCAUCUUCUUGCCUGAUCGACUUCCACCUCGCAUAUCUAUCUGUCUUUUAAGUCCUCUCGAAACUGCUCUGCUUGGUAUACACCCUUUCACAAUAACUUGCAGAAAGCCAUCAAAUUCUGUUUACAAUAUGGCUGGUAAAGCGGGAAACAAACGCGAUGCCAAUCAUUUAAGAGCACCAGCAGUCGACUCAAAAAAGCCCAAAACGAAUAACGGGAGUAUCACGUCAUUCUUUGGUGUCCCCAAACCUAAGGUCAUUGGUCCCAUACCGACAUCCACGCCGUCACCAUCAUCCAGCUUCAAUAAGCUAAAAUGGGUAUCAUCAUUGACUUCCGAGCAGAAGGAGCUGCUUCAACUUGAGAUCGACACUUUGGAUGAGAGCUGGCUGGCACAGCUAAAGGAGGAAUUGGUGAAACCGGAAUUUCUAGGACUGAAGCGAUUUCUCUGCAAAGAGAGACAGUCAGGAGCUAAAAUCUUCCCCCCAGAAGAGGAGGUCUACUCUUGGUCCCGUCAUACACCUCUCCACCAGGUUAAAGUGGUCAUAGUUGGUCAAGAUCCGUAUCACAACUAUAACCAGGCCCAUGGACUCGCAUUUUCUGUCCGCCCCCCGACCCCAGCCCCGCCCUCACUUGUCAAUAUCUUCACUGAAAUUAAGAACGACUAUCCCUCUUUUCAGAGACCCGCCAACAAAGCUGGCCUUCUCACACCCUGGGCAGAGCGUGGUGUUUUAUUACUCAACACCUGCUUGACUGUUCGCGCCCACCAGCCUGCUAGUCAUUCUAAUAAAGGAUGGGAGAUAUUUACUCAGAAGGUCAUCGAAUUGGUAGCCCGGGUGCGAACACGUGGUGUUGUCUUCCUUGCAUGGGGUACACCGGCAGGCAAGCGUGUGAUAAGCAUUAACAGAGCAAGGCAUUAUGUUCUGCAAUCAGUUCACCCUAGCCCCUUAAGUGCAUCAAGAGGGUUUUUUCUGAAUCAACAUUUCAAAAAGUGCAAUGAAUGGCUAACCGAACGCUAUGGUGCUGAUGGGGCCAUUGACUGGAGCUUGAGCUCUAAGAGAAAUACCAGCAAUCCUCUUGCCAUGAUCCAAAACCCUGAUCCAGCUGAUAACUCCAAAUCCCCCGCCGCGAAGGAUUCGGGUUUUCAUUUAUCAGAAGACGUCAUCGGUGGGACAGUAAAAGCAGCCGAUGGGUUUGAAGAUGAUCUUGAGGCGCUGGAAGCUUUGGCAGCAGAGAUGACCGGAUAAUUGCCAAUACUGGUGAUAGGCGUCGUAUUGCUCUAUACAAAAGGGCUUCGAAUGCAAUAUCCAAGGUGAUUAAUAACUUAUUCAUGACUGAAUCUUUGGUAGACUUGUCGGGAUUGACUAAAUUUAUAACAUAUUUAAUGGUAUUUUACUGCUACUUACUGC